AUGGAAAACGAGAUCAUGUGCAGGAAUAUCAGGAAAGUCGCAAAUACUGUUCGCUAUUGUCUAUACUUCGCGAUAUUUGGAUUUACUGACAACUUUUUAUCCAAAACUGGGGAGGCAGAAAGUAUCACAUCCCAUUAUCUGUUUGCGCUAGGUUCAUACAGAGGUCUUUAUCUUCUUAACUGGAUAUACCGCUACAUUGCAGAAGACCAUUACGAAUUAAUUGCUAUUGUGGCUGGUGUUAUACAAACAGUUCUUUACUGUGAUUUCUUCUACUUGUACAUUACAAAAGUACUAAAAGGGAAGAAGUUACAAUUGCCAGCA